AAUGCCAGUUUGACAAUUGACGGACGCUGUGUGUGGUUGUGGAAGUGGAGAUGCUGUGUGAUGUGAAGAUUUUCGUAACGCGCUGAAAGUCGAAAUCCCAUCGUAAUGAUAUUCGACAACACGCAAACGCAAAUAUGGGCCAUCCACAAGCGCACAACCUUUAAUUAUCAACUCCAGCAGCGCGACACACUCCACAACGAUCCAAAUUCACCAAUGUAAAUUGUAUAACCUUGCAAGUGAAGCAAAAUUGAGCGGAAAAUUCGACUAUAUGGUAUUCAGAUAAAUUCGAAAUGGUUUGGUAAUGUAUUGGAAUUAGUAUGUUAAGCACCAGCUGACAUCAACAUGUAUGCUGCGUUUAUUGAAGACUUGGAGAGCCACUACAAGCAGAUUGAAUGGCGAGAGUUUGCUUGUGGAUGGGGUGCUGCGUUCAUCAACAUCACACUUACAUAUCCCAUCUAUAAAAUGAUAUUUAGACAAAUGUUGGAUGGGAUAUCAAUGAAAUCAGCCCUGCUGCAGUUACACAAUGAAGGAAUCUACUUCCUCUACCGCGGGAUGGCGCCCCCGCUCGCACAAAAAACCCUCUCGCUGUCAGUGAUGUUCGGCAUGUACGAGAACAUCCGUCGCCCUCUUAACGCCUGCAACGUCAAUGAUUACACAGCGAAAUUCAUCGCAGCAAUGCUUUCCGGCACUGCUGAAGUCACUUUCAUGCCCUUUGAACGCGUGCAAACCCUAUUAUCUUGCUCAGCGUAUCAUCUACAGUUUCGCAAUAUGUAUCAUGCAUUCCGCGUGGUUGGUACCUAUGGUUUCACCGAAUAUUACCGUGGAAUCGUCCCGAUUCUAUGGCGCAAUGGUCCGUCAAAUGCGUGUUUUUUUAUCGCACGUGACGAAGUCAAUAAGUUAAUACCACCGGAGAAUUCUGUGCUAUUGCAUACGGUGCAUGGGUUUGUAAGCGGUGCGGUGAUUGGCGCUGUCACUUCGAGUAUAUUCUACCCGUUGAACGUGGUGAAAAUCUCAAUGCAGUCGACGCUGGGCGGUAGAACACCGAAUAUGUUCGUGGCAUUCAAGCAAAUCUAUGUUGAGCGCGGCGGGAAGAUUCGAUAUAUUUACACGGGGAUUGAAGCAAAUUUAAUUCGCGCGUUCCUAGGCUGGGGGGUGAUGAAUGCGGCCUAUGGCUACAUGCGGCGGAUAUUUUUCGAGUAAAGAGUGAUGAGGUGUACAAAAGAUACAAACUCGUUUUUAAGUUUUAAAUAAAUCAAGCAUUUUAUUAUUAUUUUUUUGCAUCAAAUGCAACCAGGGUUCAUCAACUCGGGGUGGAAAAUGUAUAGAAAGGAAACUCACCCUCGUCCUAAAGAUAUGCAACUUGUGUUGCAAUUGUGUCAUAUGAUUUGGUAAUAAGUGUUAAAUAUUGUGAAGUAAAUAAAUUAAACUAGUCUAGGGAAUCCAAAUUGUAGUAUUAAAGUUUAUGUUUCGUUUAUGAA